UGUCAUUCACUGAAACAUUUUGAGUCUUCGAUAAUCGUAAUAUCCUGUCUUUCCUUAUUUUAGUUCAAAUUCAAUUUAUAACUGUUUCAACGGUGCAAAGUGAGAGCAGUUAUAAACGCUCGUUGCAGUUUAAACAUUACAAUCCGUCGGACACUUGAAUAAAUCGGACGUUUUUAAACUUUGCAUUUCUUUGUUCGUGGUGUAAAAGGAACCAUGGAAGUUGAAAACAAAUCUACCGAGAUCCGCUGCCAGGAGAUGUCGAAGGGCGGUCUGGCGUACGAGGUGAUCCUCGCGGAGCCGGUUGGCGUGCCGGCACCGCGCCGCGCCGACUCCCCGGAGAAGACGCCCUCCGUCGAGGAAAUUCAGGAGAAACUUAAGGCCGCUGAGGAAAGGAGACGUAGCCUGGAAGCAAGCAAGAUGGCUGCGAUCGCACAGAAGAUGGCCAAGAUCGAGGAGGCGUCGCGUAUCCGCAGCGAGCAGACCAACAACUUUAUCUGCACCACUAAGGAGGCGCUCGACGCCAAGAUGGACUCUCAUGAGGAGAAGCGCGAGGCUUACAUCAGCGAGCUGCGCGCGCGCCUCAAGGAUCACCUCGAGGGUGUUGAGAAGACCAGGUUGUCCCUGGAGCAGCAGACGGCGGAGGUCUACAAGGCGAUUGAAGAGAAGAUGAACACAGCAGCUGACAAGCGCGAUGAGAACAUCAAGAAGAUGCUUGAACGCCUGCGCGAACAUGAGGAGCAGGUACAGAAGGUGCGCGAUGGCAACCGGGAGAGAUUCCAGCAGCUGGAGAGCGCUAUCCAGGAGAAGCUGCAGCAGGCGGCAGACCGCCGCUUGCAGCUGGAAGCUGAGCAGAAGGAGAAGCUGCGCAACCAUAACAAUAAGCUAGCCGAGGUGCGGUCCGUCAUCACCGCCAAGAUGGAGGAGAUCACCAAAGACAUCGAGGUUAAGCUCACCACAGCUGAGCAGAAUAGGGAAAAGGAGAUACAAAAGAAAUUGGACUUUGUUAAAAAGGAGGAGCGACGCGCCGAGCUUGUGCGACAGAACAAGAAUGCGCGCGCCGAGACCGAGCCCGCGCCCACCUCGGGCUAGGCCCCGCGCCCACCUCGCCGUCUGCUGCCGCCGCAUACACAUACACUACACCACACAACUCAACAACUCAUAACAACCACACAACAACCACUCAACUCACAACAACCACACAAUACUCACAAGGUUGCAUCGAUACACAAACACCAAAGACAACAUUCGAAGUUCGAAGUUUGAAAUGUUACUCUUGCCAUAGACCACAUUAACGAAGUUGUUUAUUCGGAGUUUUUGUGUCUCGAUGUACCCGUAACUGGAGAACUGGACUUAACACCAACAAACAACAUUGGUGUAUUACUGUUUGUAACAUCUUAGCAAAAAAGGCCCAAGUAGAAGUAACGACUGAGGCCGGGCCAUAGUCCGUGACGUCACACAUCACACGCGCUGCAGCUGCAAGGAACGGUGCUGUUGAUCCACUUGAGACUGAAAAUUAUGUUAUAUCUUUUAAGCUUAUAUUCAUUUAUGUUUAUUUAUAUUAUUUUUCUCAAUGUUCCUAUUAUUUUAUCAUGAAUUACUCGCGUUAUGUAAUUCAAAUGUAUGCACGGCACUUUUCCUUGAUAUUUGACCUUCGUAGAUUCACGGCAGCUUAACGGUAUGUAUGGUACAAGGCCAGUGAGGCACUAGUAAGCAUUUACUAAUUAAUGUAUAAGAAUUUAACUUAACUAGCACAGACGUUCUAUUUUUAAAGUUACACCUAAGCUAUUGCUGAAGUUUUGAUGUUAUUUAGUGAAAAUUACUAGUGUGUUGAGGCCCUGAGGUAUAACGAUGCAGUGGGAAUUUUGGCUGGUAAACAAAUGUAUGGAAUACGAGGCGGCAGUGUUUAAAUAUCUAUGAUUUUCUAUUUACCACCCCCUAGGGGAUGUUUGCCUCCACUCAUUUCUACGUACUCUAGUAAAAACUUUUUUUUUUGGUAAUUUUUAUGUUUGUAGUAUUUUAUAAUUACUCUAUGGCCUAUUUUUAAUUGAAUUAUACCUAUCCGAGUUAUGUUAUUAGGACUUUUGUUGGGAUGAAUAAAUGAAUGUUGUCAGUAAGGUGUGGUACCGCGCUAUCGGCACUUAGCAACAGUACGCGGGAUGAGGAAGGGCUUAGUACUAUUUCUAAUCGUUAGUAAUAGUCUUAUAUCAUUAUUUUUAAUAUUAUAACAUACGCAACAGUAUUUUUAGGGGAAGUAUAAUCUAAAUUUAAGUUUAUCUCAUGUUUAAAAUUUUACUAAUCGCCUUACGCUAGGGAAACCCUUCGGGAACUUUCCAUCGGAUUUGUCGGUUUGUGACUGCAUCGGUUUGUGUGAAUUGUUCGCGGCAACGAGCGCGGCAUGGCAACCCCGGGUGAAGACUCCCGAUUCUAACCCAUCGCUAAUUCUAAUCUAAAGCUUUUGCUAACUUUAAAUAUUAAAUAAUGUAAUUGUUUAAACUAGAAGAGGGAGUUCGCAGUGUGCACCCAGUGUUGCCAGCAUAGUCGCACAUCUAGUCCAAGUUUUAUCCACGUUGUCAAACACUUCCCAUGUUAUGAUCUCAGCAAGCACAUUGAAUUUGUCGAAAACUUAGUUAACAUCGGAAGUGCCUCAGUAAACGUUAACCGGCUCACGGAUUUAUCAAUAAAACGUAUGACAUAUGAAACUGCCUUUCAUAGCGUUUUAUAUUUUUUUAAUGGACUGUAGGGAGGGCGCGGCCGCGGACUGGAUGCGGUGGGCGCAGUGGGCGCGAGUCGCUUCUGUGAUGUUUUUGCUCUAGUGAUAUCGUAUCGAUUAUUCGGUUAGGCACAAAUGUUAUCGAUACGUAGGUUACGAGAUUGUCGAGAUUGUCUCUAUUCCGGUAGGGCUCGAGGAGGUGGACACGCGGGGUAUUCGCGGUGCAAGCGAGAGGGUUUUUGUAUUUGAUAGUAUAUUUUUGGCAUUGAUCGGGCGUCGUGUACAUACAGAGGGGCGGGGGCGAGGCGUACUGCUUGGCACGUGAGCGGCGGGCGACAGCUUUCUGCUUACUCCAUGUUACUGACUAACGCUACUCGAGUAAGUGAACUAGUUGUAAGUUACUAGCUUGUUUUUCGGUGAAGACGUGAAAACCUCUGACCAAUUUGCCUUGGAUAUUGUGUAGCCUUUUAGAUCCGCGAGAUCGAGACGAAUCAUGUAUAGCGACGCGACAUAUAGCUUUCAGAUGAUUAUAUUAUGUUUCUCUAAUAUUAGUCACUACAUUAUCUCUUACGGUGUUAUUAUGUACGUUAAUUUUAUAUUUUCUCAUUAAUAAUAUGCUUCAGUUUGUGAGAAGUAUAAUAAUGCUGUUUGAAGUGCAGGCAACUUUUGUAGUUUCAUUGUCGUAUUGAAUAAAGUCAUAAAUACUAAUAUAA